AAGGCAGUAAACGGACGCUCACAGACCCAAGGUGUGCCGGAAUUUUGUCAGUCUCCUCUCCUCUCCCCUCCCCAGCUAGUUCCGUUUCACAUCCCCCUCCUCUCCAUUUGCAUCCCCUCCCAUGGCCUGAGUUCCGAGACCCGCGGCCAUUCGCCCACCCCCGAAUCUGGCACCUCAUCGAUCGCCUCGGCGUCGUCGAAAGGAGGGAGGCUCCGGUUCUUGGUUUCUUGGCCAGAACCCAGGUAAGAGAAUACGAUGGAUGGUGUGGGGAGCCAGGGGAUUAAGAAGGUGCAUUUCGGGGAUUCCUCCUCCCAGGUGCCUCUACCUCUGAUUACCUACAAGAGGCGCAUUACCUACAAGAGGCGCCGGCUGCAGAAGCCGCAGCCUCAGCAAUCAGAGCCACAACAGCAAGUGGAGCCACGGCCGGAGCCGGAACCGGAGCCAGAGCACAAGGCUGGAGAUGUGCCGGCGCAGCAGAGUAAAGAUAUUUUUUGGAAAAGUAGGGAUAUGGGAUGGAAGUAUGGCAUAAUGAUCGAUGAAAAUAGACAACACUGGAAGUGCAUGUAUUGUGGCCUAAUUAGGUAUGGUGGUGGUGUAUCUAGACUCAAACGGCAUCUAGCUGGUGAUUUAGAUGUCAAAAUGUGCCCCAAAGUUCCAGCAGAUGUUGUUGAGGAAAUAAGGGAGCAUUUGCAGAAGAAACGAGAGAGGCGGAGGAAGCGAACUGCUCAAAAUGGUGGGAACAGUGUAAAGACUAAGAGCUCUUCUGAUGAUGCAAAUGUUGAUGAGGAUAUUCUACCUUCUGACUCAGUGCUGCCAGCUGGAAUGAGCAGUAAUGUUCUUGAAGUCACUAACCAAACGAGUAUGGUUCAUCAGGAUCCUACUUAUCCCAGGGUAUACAAACAGACAAUAAGCACUUUUUCCUCUUUGGUUUGUUUUCUAUUUAUUGUCAUAUACUGCUUCGAUUCUUGUGUGUUCCGUAGUGGCGGUGGUGGUGGUGGUGACUUAAGAACAUAUGCAUGUAGCAAAUGA